AUUUUGAACGAAUCUUGAACAUGUGAGACUUCUCGUCACACACACAGAGACAGAUAUGGCUUCUUUUCUAUGGACUCUGUGCCUGAGUUUCCUCCUUUUGGCUUCUGUAAGCACGGCAGCUGCACCGAGGAAGCCCGUCGAUGUGCCUUUUGGUCGCAACUAUGCACCAACAUGGGCUUUUGAUCACAUCAAGUACUUCAAUGGAGGUUCUGAGAUUCAGCUCACACUUGACAAGUACACUGGGACUGGCUUUCAAUCCAAGGGCUCUUACUUGUUUGGUCAUUUUAGCAUGCACAUAAAGAUGGUUCCAGGGGAUUCUGCUGGAACUGUAACUGCUUUCUAUUUAUCUUCGCAAAACUCCGAGCAUGACGAGAUAGACUUUGAGUUCUUGGGAAACAGAACAGGACAGCCCUACAUCUUGCAAACAAAUGUGUUCACAGGAGGCAAGGGAGACAGAGAACAGAGAAUUUAUCUAUGGUUUGAUCCGACAAAAGAAUACCACACUUACUCUGUUUUGUGGAACAUGUAUCAGAUUGUGUUCUUUGUCGAUGAUGUGCCAAUCAGGGUGUUCAAGAACAGCAAAGAUUUGGGAGUGAGAUACCCAUUUAACCAGCCAAUGAAGUUAUACUCUAGCCUGUGGAAUGCAGACGAUUGGGCUACGAGGGGUGGCCUGGAGAAAACAGACUGGUCCAAAGCACCCUUUAUAGCCUCCUACAAGGGAUUCCACAUAGAUGGCUGUGAAGCUUCAGUGAAUGCCAAGUUCUGUGAGACACAAGGCAAGCGUUGGUGGGAUCAAAGGGAGUUCCAGGAUCUUGAUGCUGCUCAAUACCGGAGACUCAGGUGGGUUCGCCAGAAGUACACCAUUUACAACUACUGCACUGAUCGGGUCCGGUUUCCAGCUGCCGCUCCUGAAUGCAAGCGCGACCGUGACAUCUGAUCUCUUAAGCUAGCCCAGAAGAGGUUGAAGGGUUCAAUCUCUAACACCUGCAAAAGAACAUUAUGCAUUUGUGUCUUUAAUCGGUUGCCUUCAUUCAAAGUAUUAUAGCAGAGUUCUGCCAUUUUAUCAAUCUUUUUAUCUGUAUGAUCAUAUUUGUUUUGACUGGAUUAUAUAAAAUGGAUUGCAGUGGAAUCUGUAGCCCUUCAAUUUUCUUUUCUU